GAUUUUCAUUUGAAGCAGCAUUCUAUUUGGGCCAUGCCGGGAGGCUCCAUCUUAUGUGUGAUUACCUGUGGGUGUCAUCCAGAGAGAGAGAGAGAGAGUAAACAGGAUGGACGUCACUAUAGAAACCAAGGUUGCUUCGAGUGCUGCAUCAAGUGUCUGGGCGGGGUGCCGUAUGCAUCGCUGGUGGCCACCAUCCUAUGUUUCUCCGGCGUGGCCCUGUUCUGUGGCUGCGGCCAUGUGGCCCUCACCGGCACCCUUACCAUCCUGGAGAACCACUUCUCCAAAGUCACCUCUGACCACGCCAUGCUGACCGACGUAAUACAGCUGAUGCAGUACGUCAUCUAUGGCAUCGCCUCCUUCUUCUUCCUCUACGGAAUCAUCCUGCUGGCCGAGGGCUUCUACACCACCAGCGCUGUGAAGGAGCUGCACAGCGAGUUCAAGACCACCAUCUGCGGACGCUGUAUUAGUGGCAUGUUUGUGUUCCUGACCUACAUCCUGGGUAUCGCCUGGCUGGGUGUGUUUGGUUUCUCCGCCGUGCCCGUCUUCCUCUUCUACAACAUCUGGUCCACCUGCAACGCCAUGAGGUCACCUGUGGCUAACCUCACCAACGUGGACACCAUCUGUGUUGACGUUCGUCAGUACGGUAUCAUCCCCUGGAACGCAUCGCCAGGCAAGGCUUGUGGGUCCACACUUGGAGACAUCUGUAAUACCAGUGAGUUCUACCUGUCCUACCACCUGUACAUCAUAGCAUGUGCUGGAGCCGGGGCCACCGUCAUUGCUCUGCUGAUCUACAUGAUGGCUACCACUUAUAACUUUGCCGUUUUGAAGUUUAAGAGUCGGGAAGACUGCUGCACUAAGUUUUAACUGGUGUUCAGAGACACAGUCUGUGACACGGCUCUGAGUAGACAGCAGCCACUUACUACAUGGACUAAAAAUAGACAGCAACAUAUCUCCAUUAGCCUUCACCUAAAGUGUAAAUAGCUGAUUGUAUGCAUCUUUUAGCAUGUGCUAUCCAGAGAUAGGUUUGCCUGAAGGACCAACUGUACCUGAAGAGAAUUGUCUUAAGAGUGGGGUGGUGUAAAGUUGAGAGGGUUAUGCUUUUCUCCAUAUCUUGUAAAGAUCUGAUUAGGACAAUAAAUCAGUAAUAACUCCCUUAAAUGAAUAGCACUCUGGCUAAUAAACAGUAGGCGUGGAAGAGGAAGACAAAAAACACAAUCUAAGAACAAUACUGUAUUAUGAAAGAGUUCUCAGUCAGUUGCCAUGACCAUCGUGCUUAAAUUUGGGGUGAAAAUGUAUUUGUUUUUUGCUAAUGUUCAAUUUGCCAGAAGACCAGCCAGGCUUGGAAAAGUGCCUUUUCCCCCAUUCAUGUUUUAGGAUUGAUCGUGUGUACUUUUGUAUUUUCUUGGUGCAAGACACAAAGUGUUAUACAGUGAAUUUGAAUUGUCAGUAUUACAAGCUUCUAUUACAAACUAGUUCCUCAGUCGUAUAUAGAUACAGAUAGUCUUCACAUGUAAGAUGACGCGGACAAGAUGAACAGCAUUUCAAAACAAAUAACUGCACAUAUAACUAGUAUUGUGAAGGGUAAUCCCAGUACCAGGGGUAUAUUUUUCAUCAAAGUAUAUAGCAGUUUAUGACUUCAUAUAUUUUAUAAAGGAAGUUCUUGUUAUAGAGGAGUAAUGUAAUUGCUAUGGGACCUGAUGCCUUCAUAGCUUCAGCUGAUAGUUUUGAUUUGUUUCCUCCUCCUCUUUGACUCAUUCAGAAACAUGACAUUGUUUAAAGAGUCACUGUUGUUGUUGUUUUAACACUGAGCCUGCAUGCUUACUUUAUUUCAUUUGGAUUCCUUCAUCUGUUUAUGAUUACUUAUAUUCCAUAUUUACAUAAAUAUUUAAUUAUUUCCGAAGAUUUUUGAAGACUGUAGUUAUUAUUUUUCUCUUUCUAUACAAAAUAAACAAUCUUUGUGUACAAAAUA